AUUGGUAGCGAUCCGCAACUCGACAUGACCGUACCUUUGAAUGGUAUUCUGAUCUACAUCACUGAUUAUUGUGCGCGCGCGUCUAUAUAAAGCCAGCGAAUCCAGCCAUCUUCUUCAACCCAUCCACCGCCCUCGAGCUCAGGCAUCGAUCAUCCAGCGCUAGCUAGCAUCCUAGCAACCUGUGUGAUCAACCCCAGCCGUUGCUAUGGCGACCACCACCACCCACGGCCCCAUCGCUCUGGCCUCGCAGUCGACGAAGCAGGACGUGCAGCACAAUCCCCGGCCGUACACCCCGAGCCCCUGGGGCGACUUCUUCCUCACCCACCAGCCGUGCACGCCGGCAGAGCUCCUGUCCAUGAAGGAGAAGGCGCAGGCCAGGAAGGAGGAGGUGAGGCGGAUCUUGCUGGACGCCGCAGCCUCCUCCGACCUGGCGCGGAAGCUGGAACUCGUCGACGCGCUGCAGCGGCUUGGAGUCGACUACCACUACAAGAAGGAGAUCGACGAGUUGCUUCGUGCCGUAUAUGAUGACAAGGAUGGAGCUUCUGAUGACCUCUAUGUCACCUCGCUGAGGUUCUACUUGCUCAGGAAGCAUGGGUACACCGUCUGUUCUGACAUAUUUUUGAAGUUCAGGGAUAAUGAAGGAUAUAUUGUAAGCAAUGAUGCAAGAUGUUUGUUAAGGCUGUAUGAUGCCGCAUAUCUUAGAGUGAAUGGGGAAGAAAUACUCGAUAAUAUUAUUACUUUCACCAAGAGUCUGCUUCAAUCUAUUGUAGAAUAUCUCGAACCAGACUUGAAAGAAGAGGUGAAAUUUGCGUUGAAAACACCUCUUUUCAGGAGACUCAAAAGAGUAGAAGCGAGGCAAUAUAUCUCAAUAUACGAGAAAAAGACUACCCAUAAUGACGUGGUAUUGGAGUUUGCAAAGUUGGACUUCAACAUUAUACUAACUCUAUAUUGUGAGGAGCUAAAAGAUCUUACAUUGUGGUGGAAAGAGUUCCAAACGCAGGCAAAUAUAUCAAGCUAUGCACGAGAUAGGAUGGUGGAGAUGCAUUUUUGGAUGCUCGGAGUGUUCUUUGAGCCCCAAUAUUCAUGUUCACGAAAAAUGCUUACACAACUGUUUACGAUGGUAUCCAUACUUGAUGAUUUGUAUGACAAUUAUUGCACCACAGAAGAAGGCAGUGUCUUCCUAGCAGCACUGCAAAGGUGGGAUGAAGAAGUAGCAGAGCAAUGCCCAGCAUACCUAAGGACCUUAUAUAUAAAUAUACUUACCACUGUAGAGGCUAUGGAGGAAGAGCUGAAACUUCAAAAGAACAAACAUGCCAAGUUGGUAAAAAGACUGGUAAUCGACAUGGCCAAAUGUUAUCAUGCUGAGGUGGAAUGGCGUGAUAAGAAAUAUGUGCCAGCCACUGUUGAAGAACAUCUAAAAGUUUCGGCACGUAGUAGUGGUUGUAUGCACUUAACGAGCCAGGGAUUCAUUUCAAUGGGAGAUCUGGCAACUACGGAGGCUAUCGAGUGGGUCUAUACCUAUCCAAAGAUUAUCCGAGCUGUUUGCAUUAUUGCACGCCUUGCUAAUGAUAUAAUGUCGUACAAGCGAGAACAAGAAUCGAAGAAUAUGGUAUCCACGGUGCAAGCUUGUGCGAAAGAAUAUGGUGUCACAAUAGAACAGGCAACAGAAAAGCUCAGAGAACUAAUCGAGGAAGCGUGGAUGGACAUCACCGAGGAGUGCCUCAGACAACCACAACCAUUGACGCUUCUGGACAGGGUGGUCAAUCUGGCACGUACAAUGGAUUUUCUAUACAAAGAUGUAGAUGGAUACACCGAAUCAUACACUAUCAAAGACACUUUGGAUUCACAGUAUGUGGAUCUAAUAUAUUAAAAUCUUAUGACAGUGGCCAUGAUCAUGCACGCCAGCUUAAUAUGAAAUCAUUGUAUAAAUGUGGACAGUUAAGAUCAGUGUUGAUGAAAUAAUGUAGUAUAUUUUAUCGAAUAAAUGUAAUGAUCUCCUCUUAAUUAGUUUGUAUGCUACGCACAGCUGUUUUUAUUUUUUGAAAUUCUAUUGAACUUGAGGCUCGGCAAGAUAUAUCGCUGGCCACCAACACAAGUAUAU